AUGGCGUUGCUCCUGGGGCUCAACCAGAAGGAGGAUGAGCCCCUCUCCCAUUUUGUGAACCGAUUUAUGACACAAAUCCAUGGAUUGUCGGAUGCUCACCCCUCUCUCUUGAUGCAGGCCUUCAUGACUGGCCUGCGCCCCUCCAGGUUCUUCUGGUCGCUCGUAGAGCGGCCCCCGGCCGCGGUUCCCGAGAUGCUCCAACGCGCCAGUCAGUUUAUCGCCGCGGAAACCUGGAUGGCUGGAAAGCAGGAGGAGCACAAAAAGGUCAAGUCAGAGCCGCCUCGACAGCAACAACCCGCCACCUCUCGGCGAAAGUUAGACAGACCUGACCUGAGGCCCCCUCUUCCCGCCUUGAAUUCCUCCCGGACUGAAAUAUUCCUGCACGAGAGGGGAAAGGGGCUCCUCAGGGACCCUCACCCGAUGAAGAACCCGCGGGAGCUCGCAGACCGUUCGAAGGGUCAUCUCGGCCAGUACCUCCGGCCGAACAAAGAGCAGUCGCCUCGCCCAGAGGGCCCCGUCGAGCGACACAUUGAUGUGAUAGCCGGGGGCCCCGCAUCCGGGGGAGGUUCCAUGUCGGGCCGAAAGGCGUAUGCCCGAGCCGCUCCAGACGAAGCCUCGGAACAUGAGCCCGAGCCCGAGAUCACCUUCCCCACCGGAGCUGCCGAGCGACCUGACCACGAUGAUGCCUUGGUGAUAUCGGCUAGGGCAGCCAACACGCAAAUAAGGAGGAUCAUGGUCGACACGGGGAGCUCGGCCAACAUACUCUACUUCGAUGCCUUCCAGAAGCUGGGCCUGGCCAGGGAAAAUCUAAGCCCGAUGUGCUCAGCGCUCACCGGUUUCACGGGAGAUUCAAUAUCGCCCCUGGGGGCUAUUACUUUGCCCUUGACCCUGGGGACCCCACCAAGGUCGAAGACGGUGAUGACCACUUUCUUGGUGGUCAACCUCCCCACUGCUUACAAUGCCAUACUUGGUCGUCCGACCCUCAAUAAGGUCAGAGCCGUCGUCUCGACCUACUACCAGACCAUCAAGUUCCCAACCCGUGCGGGAGUUGGCCUCAACAAUGCAUGCCCUAAAGACUGCUACCCCCUCCCAAAGAUCGACCAGCUGGUCGAUGCGAUGGCCGGCCACGCGCGACUCUCUUUUAUGGACACCUACUCAGGGUAUAACCAGAUCAGGAUGGCGCCCGAAGACAGAGAGCACACGGCCUUCCUUACCGGUCAAGGGGUGUACUUCUACAAGGUCAUGCCGUUCGGGCUAAAGAAUGCUGGAGCCACAUACUAG